AUACAAACAAAGUUGGCCCCGAGAGCCCGGCUGCCGGUUCCAACCCGUCCUCGGGGGGCGGGAGGAGGAGAGCGGCGGAGGGAGCCGGGCCGCCACCUGCCCCUCACCCGCACCUGCCGGGGAGCGCCGGCAGCGCAGCACCGCCCCGCGGGGAGGAGAAAGGAGAGAGGCGCGGCCGAACCGCCCCGCUCCGCUCCCAUCGACGGAGGCGGAGGCGCGGGCGGCUCCAUCACCUCGGCCCGCAGGUGCGCGCUGCCCGCCGGUCCCGGCAGCUCCGCCUCGGGGGAUCGGGCGGCGGAGCGCUGCGGCGGCGGCCCCACCUGUGGCUGCGGGAUGGCGGAGCUCGCCCUCGAUCCCCCCGCCGUGCUGGGCUUCCUGCGGGAACGCGGCGGGUGGGUGAGCAACGCAGAGCUGCUGAGCGCCUUCCGGCCGCUGCUGGAGGCCGGUGGGGACGCGUCGGAGCGGGCGGAGCGGCGGGAGCGCUUCAAGGAGGCGGUGAACGCCGUGGCGGUGGUGAAGGAGCGGCAGGGCACCAAGUUCGUCGUGCUGCGGAGGCACCUGCGGCCCGGCCCGCCCCCGGAGAAGAGCGGAGAUGGAGGUUCCGAGCCCCCAUCCGAGGAGCGGCUGUCCCCGCCGUCCCUCGAGGAGCUGCCGUCGCCUCGGGCCGUGUCCGAGCUCCGCGGGCUCUUCCAGGCUGGAGGCGGCGGGGUGCCGCUGCCCGCCGGCGGGGCCAAUGCCCGCAGGGAGCCGCUCCCCAAGCCCUGCAUGCUGCCGGUGCGCUGCGUGCCGGCCCCGGCUGCUCCCAACUCUGCUACGGCUCCGGGGCCGUCUGAAGAGCUGGAGAACGCCGCAUCGCCCUUAGCCGAGGAGGAGGACAGCGGGUGCCACUCGCCCAGUCUGCGCCGGGCCCCCAAGAACCACCGGGCCAGCGAGGAGCUGACAGAAGUGCCACUGGAGGAGGCUGAGCACCGCUGGCUGCUGAUGGCGGCUGAAGGGCAGUGGUCCCAGCAGCUCCAUGGGCUGCUGUUGGGUGAUGCCAGCCUGGCGGCCCGGAGGGACUUCAUCUUGGGCUUCACAGCCCUGCACUGGGCUGCCAAGAAUGGCAACUGCGACAUGGUGAGGAACAUCAUCGAUGUAGCAGAGAAGGAAGGGGCCCACGUCAAUGUGGAUGCCAGGUCGCACGGCGGCUACACGGCGCUGCACCUCGCUGCCAUGCACGGCCGGGACGCCGUCAUCUCCGUGCUGGUCCGCAGCUACCAUGCCAAGAUCGACCUGAGGGACUACAGUGGGAAGAAGCCACACCAGUACUUGAAGGACGGGACCUCCGUGGCGGUCAGGCGCUUACUGGGGGACCCCACACUCCAACACCCCACGGGACCCACAGUGCCCAUCAAGAAGAGCACCAAGAUCGCUGCGUCCAUCCUGAGCUCCACCAGCACUUUCCUGGGGGUCAUCUCCGAUGACAUGGCUUUCUACGAUCUCACCAAAGGUUUGAGGAAGCCUUCGUCCUUGAACAAGCUGCUGACUGCGACCACAGGCCCCAGGAGGAAGCCGAAAACCAGAGGGGGAUUUCCUUCAUACUGCUCACUCUCUGAGGUGGUGGAGGAAGAGGAGCACGAGGAGGCUGUCAUGAAGCGCAGGCCAGUUUCUGAGCUGUUCUUUGGCCAUUAGACUCUGCCUUCCUGGAGUCAGAAUCGUUCAGUAGCAUGACUGGGGAGCUUGGUUUUCUCUCACAGCAGUAAAUUGGAUUUCUUCUCCCUGUUUCUUUCUUUUUGGAAGUUUAAAUGAAUGGAUGAUGGGGUCUGGCUCCACAGGUCACUGGAUGAAGCCCAGCUCUCAGAAGCCUGAGGAGAGGGAGCUGCCCUGUGAGCACUGCAGUGCCAGAGGCACCAGCACACCAGUGAAGACCACAGACAUUACACUUGAUGGCUGAAAAGCUGGAAAAACAUCUGUGUGUAGACAGGCUAUAAAUGCUUAAGGUACAGCUUCUUGUUCUGCGUUCCUCAGCCGAAGAGCUGCAUGUUUUACACUGUGAACAGCACGCUGGUAGCUGGCUGCUUUAACGUGGCUUGUUCUACAGCAGGCUGAAAUUAUUAGGAGAAAGAUGCAUAGUUUUCUAUGAUGAUUCUGAUUGUUUUGGUAACAGAAGAGGAAUGUUUCUAUUUUAAAAUUGUGCAUUUAGUUUUUUCAAAACAAAGUUUCUCACUAUCAGAAAUACUAACAUGUCUUUAUUGUUGCCUAAAGCAUUUUCCUUGGCAAGGUUAAAAAGCAAAAAGGAAAAAAAAAAACCCAACCCAACACUUGUUGCUCUGUCUCCAUGAUCUGUCUACCUCAGUCGGAAGCUUGGUUUGCAUUUCUCUUUGUGUUCCCUUCCCGAAGGACUUUGCCCAGGUGGUACCGACUGUGCCUCAAUACUGUGAGCAUUUGGCUGUAGUUCAGUGGCUUCAUCUGAAUGAACACAUUUCUGAUAUCAGAUGGUAUAAUAAAGUGAAGUGAGAAAGUAGGAACCGGAUCCUGCAGGGUAUCUGAGCAGCACUGAGGCUGCUACAGCAGAAUUUUUUAUUUAAAACUUGAACUUUGGUUUUGAGCUACUUGGAAACAAUAUUUAUUUUAAAAAACGGGCUUUGUUCUUUGAGUGCUUCAUGGCCAAAUGUGUGCAUGGCCUCUGAAAGCAAUGUGUAUCUCGACUGCAUGAGUUGCUGAUCUGAAACUCGCUUUACUUUUUCUUCUGUAUUAUAGACAUAACUGUGUUUCUUAAGUAGAGCUGCACGCAUUACUUGCAGCUGGAGUGCUGUUGGAAGCUAUGUUUGCAAUGAGAUUAUCGGUUUUUAAAAUUACUCACUUAAAGCUGCCUUGAAAUGAAGAGGCAGAGCUGAGAGCAGCAGCUGCCUGCAGUGCUUCUGUGCUCACAACGCAACCGCAGAGCUUUGUGAGCAGAGGUGACAGAGGUGACAGAGCUCUGCGCAUGCUCUGCUCUCAGCCCCAGUCAGGUGUUUUGGUUUCCUUGCAACACUUGUUUGCAUGCCUUGCCUUUCUUUCCAAGCCAGUGACUCCAGGAAUGUGUCUUUCAGCCUUGAAUUAAGCUCAGUGCCGUAGGACCACAUUGAAGAUGACAUCACCUUUGUGCCCCUGCCCUGACGUGGUGCUGCCUGCAGGAGGGGCUGAGCUGCUGCUCUCACAGACGAGGAUUCAUUUUUUGUCAUUCUGUUUCCGUGUCAAACUCAUUAAAUCGUUAACAGAAUGUUAAUCAUCAAGCACCUUGUGACUUACACAUCUGGAGAUGGGUUAAAAACAAAAAUAAUGAUCCUAUUUGCUCCAUAUGUGUUGGUGUGACUGUUGACCAGUGUGGUCGUUUGAAGCCUUGAUUUGUGCUUCAGCCUUGGUUCUUGGGGCUGCAGGAAAAUGUCUGUCGCUCCGUUUCAAUGUUUUUGUGACAUUAAACACUUUCUUUGCUGUAGCUCUUGAAACCACAGAGGCAUCUGUGUGCGUUUGUGUUACUGCUGGCAGAGCUGGGGCUGCCUGGGGACAGCAUCCUGUGGCAGCUGGGAAAUGGUUCCAGUUUGAUUCAGUCUUAUUUGGAAGUUUGUCCACUAGUUUUGCCUACACCCCUGACUCUUCAUAUCACACCGCUGAACUUCUAGUGCUUCUUUGGUGUAAAUCCAACCUGCAGCAGAAGCAAGGCACAAAGAUGGAGCGUUUUCUCUUUUAAAAGCCAACAACCUGUGCAGCUUUGGUUGCGGCUGCACCAUGAGGAAAGCAGGGGGCAUGCUUCAAAGCAAAACCAAGAAGUCACAGCCGAGAUAACUGACUUCACUGCAGCACGUGCCAGCCAGGAAGCUCUGCAGUAUUCUUUGCUGGGAGGUGCUGCAGUUAGCUGGUGCUGUGCCCAAACCCCUGGCCCUGCAGUGUGCCCAGCAGAGGUUGCGACACACAGAGCUCACAGUGCUGGGUGCUGCCAGCACCUUUGUGCUGUGACGCAGCUCAGUCCUCGCUGAGAGAUGGGGGAGGAGGUGGUGUUUGGGCAGGCUGUGAUGAGUGAUGCUGUGGGACUUCAGGUGCAAACAAAUCCUCAGAAGUACAGAGAACGCACUGCUGCAAUUUGACAAAUAUAGAUAUGUUCAGCUUGCAGUAAAACCAGUUCUUCAGCUUCUCUGGGUCUUGGUUUUGUAUGUUGCUGUUUACACGGGAGGGGAUGUGGUACAGAAUUCUCACCAACUCAUGGGAGUAGUUUCGUGGCAGAGACUAAGGCUAAUGCUGCCCUAUGAAUCCAUCAGCUGACUAAAUUCUCCUUGCGUUCUGCUGUUUCAAGUCCAAAUCCAGCUGAAGGCAGUAGGACUUUUGCACAAGUGAACGGCAGCUGAGAAGCUUAACCACCAGCAGCAGGCCAGUCUGGUGAGCUGCCUGCUGUGCCUUCACAACAAAGGGUCUGGUCCUGUCCUUCCAAGGAGAAUUCACAAGAUUUCAGCAUCUUCACAAGACUGAGGUCCAGCAGAAGAGCAGCUCAGUCACUGCAGACAUAAAGGGAGCAGAGGGCCCAGGGAACAGCCCCCCCUGAGCUCCCUUUGCACUGUCCUUCUGCUCUGCACACUUCCACCAUUCCCUACAUUCCUUGGAUGCAUUCCUGAUUUACACAUUAGUCUGAGCAAAAUGGCAUAAGGGGGAACCCUACAAAUCUGUGAAGAAAUCACUGACACAGACUUGGCUCCAUGUAGUAUGGGCACAAACAACAUGUUGUUUGUUCUCAUUGUCCCCUCCCAGAGCAAAUAUAAAAGCUCUGCAGCAUAAUGAGGAACAUUCAUUUUCCAUUCCAGUUCCAAGAUUUAUUUCACUGAUUUAUAAGGCAAAUCAUUAAGCACCUCUCACCCUCAUGCUGAGCUCAGC